GUUAUUAUCCCGCUUCUCUCUCUUCCUCGCAACGUGUUCUUCCUCCUCCUCCCCCCACCACUCGACGAAAUCGCGAAGAGCCGAUGAUGCGGGAAUUCCCGAGGCACAAUUCCUCCCGUGUCCCAUUCGCGUCGAGUCACUGCGCAGAAGUGUAUAGGUACCUACGCAUUUCUUUCUACACUGUGAUCACAACAACAUGGGAUUUCUGACCUGGCGGCUGCUGCUGCUGCUACUGCUCCUCGUUGUCGCCACUCAUGCAGAAGAGCAGCCACCAGCGGACUGCGGGCGCUUCUUGAAUUUCAAGUACUUCGUGGGCAACCGAACGGAGUUGGACGAUUACCCCUGGCUCGCUUUACUGGAGUACGACACGCCGAGGGGUAUGCUGCCCGCGUGUGGAGGCGUGUUGCUGUCCAGCCGAUACGUCCUGACGGCGGGUCACUGCGCGGCGAACCUCGGAGCCAACUGGACCUUGAGCGGAGUUCGCCUCGGCGAGUACGACAUCUCGACGCCGCUGGAUUGUCUGCCGGACGGCGACGCCAGCAACAGCUCGACCUGCAUCCCGGAGCAUCGCAGUUAUGCCAUAGAGCGGCGCAUAGUGCACGAGAAGUACAGCCGGGAUAGUACAGGCCGGGGUCACGAUUUGGCACUGCUGAGGCUGGCCGAAGACGUGGUCUUCAGUGAAUUCGUUAGACCUAUAUGCCUGCCCACAAGGUCUGCCCAGCCGCAGAGAUUCCAGGUCGCUGGUUGGGGAAAGUUGGCGGGUAGACGUGGGACCAACUUCAAGCUGAUGUCGUACAUCACUCUGGCCAAUGGAACGACUUGUAGGAAUAACUACACCGGGGAGAAGGUGUUCAUGGCAGAAGAUCAGUUCUGCGCCGGUGGGAAGAAGGAAGAGGAGGUUUGCAUCGCAGAUUCGGGUGGACCGAUGAUGGGCGUCGAGAAGAUGGCUGAUGGGAGUUACAGAAUGGCGGUGUUUGGCUUGCUCACCACCGACUCCAAGUUCUGCGAUGUUCCGGGUUGGCCUGGGAUCUUCGUCGAUGUACUAACCUACAGGGACUGGAUUCUGAGGAAUAUGAAGCUGUGAUGGGGAGGGUAAAUCAAUCGAAUCCUGCGGCUGUUACGUCUCGACUGACGGCGAACGUAAAAUAGCAUAUUUAUUGACAGAUCUUCUUUAGAUAUAGUACACCGAUUACAUUAAUGCACGUACGCGUAAAAAAGUAAUGUACGCAUUUUACACUUAAAACUAUUGUGAUAAAUAAAUGAAAUAUAUACAUCAACCAAUGUGUACAUAAUAUACCUUGUGUAAAUAAAAUUUAAAACAUAUAUCAACGAA